AUGAAUUUCAAAUUGUUUUUUCUUUUUUGUCUUGUUUUCUUGGUGGGUCAGCUGGAGGGCUUCCGUCAACAAGGUAGGUGGUUCUUUUCUUCUCAUUUAUUUUAUGCACAAUGAUUUCAUAAGCACGUAUGUAGCUUGUUUUAUACGUCCAUCUAUAUACUCCGAGCUUGGUCUUAGCUAUUUCGUGUCAUCAAAAUUUAAGGCUUUUUCCUCGUUUAUAUUCAUGUUUCGGUCUUGACAUGCUUAAAAGUUUUUUUACUUUUACUUUUGCGUUUCAAAUGACAAGCGUCGACGCAUGUGGCGUAACGUUUGUGUCCAAACAUAAUUAUCUCCCCUUACUAACAGGUGUUUUAAACUUGCAAAUUGGAUUUGCUUCGCCCAAAAUGACUGUGAAUUUUUUUUUUUUUUUUAUAUCAAGAACUUUAUGGCAGCAUCCUUUUACGAGUGAUCACAGAUACGAUGUUCAUCCUGUAUGUUAAAAAUUACGACAUGUGAUAAUUGAAUAUGUGAUUGUCGUUGACCUGUUUUUAUUCGUUAAAACUUUGAUACAUUGUAACUAAAACUUAACAUAAAUUUAUUUUAAAACAAAAGAAAAUGAAAAUGAAAUAUAAAACAAGAGGAAGGUAGUUUAUUCACUAUUUCUGAAAGUGGCAUUCCGGUGUUUUGAGUCAAAUUCCAGGAUGGAAGACCGACUUCAUGCAUGAUUCACUAAGAGCAACAUUUUCGUAAGACAGUUCCAGUAGGGUCUUAGCAAGUAAUCGUAUAGGAUCUAAUACUACCACCAACAACAACAACAACAACAAGGAAAACGUUUAAAUCACUAAAUUGUUGUCUCAGUAACCCCUCUUUGCUGCCAAGUCAAUAACGACGUAAUGUGAAUAAUAAACUUUUAUUUAUUUAUUUUUUAUUCAAGUAUAUCACUUUUGGCAUUUAUGUUUUAAGGUGACCCUGGUCCUUAAUAUUGUAUUACGUUAAUAGAAAUAACAAGAUAAAUGAUUCAUUAAGAAUUCAAUGGCAUUAAAACUCGCAAAUUCUAAAAGACGAAUCUUUGGUUGAAGUAAAGUGUAAAAUACAUGCAUACAAUAAUGGUAAUAAUGCUUGCCUAUGCUAUUAAUUUUCCUCACUGCCACGUUACCCAUUUGCGAUGAAUAUCACUAGUGUUAAUUAGACAUGCACUUAUUUCUUUUUUUACAUUCCUUCGUUUUUUUUCUUUUAUUACCACGUACAAAUAUAAGAACCAGAGGAAACCGAAGAACCCGAGAGAGAAACUGAAGAACCCGAGGAAGAAACAGAGGAACCGGAGGAGACAGAGGAACCGGAGGAAACAGAGGAACCGGAGGAAACAGAGGAACCCGAGGGGACAGAUGAGCCUGAAGAAGCUGAAGUGUAG